AUAUUUUCAUGGUGGGUUACACGUCACACUCGUACCAGCAUAUGCCACUGACGGAAAACAAAGAAAGUGACGAUGGGCUCAAUUUGGUCUGAUGGUACCAGCAUAGAUGCAGUAGAUAGAAAUGUUGAAGGAAUAUGGAGGCAGUGGUUACGUAACACAACGCCAGACUACGGAGAGGUAGGAAGUGAUUUUAAUGGCUGGCGAAACCCUGUUUCGAACUUUGCUCGAAAUGAAGUCACCCUUGCUGAACGUCUUCGAGAAAACGUUUACAUAGGAGAAUACGAUAUAUCGGACGAGCUUUGGUGGAAAUCCUGCGGGGUUGUAGAUGAAAUAACGCGAUACUUUCAUGUCAUACUGAAGAAAGUAACUUCAAGGUGUUAUCCUGGCCUCAGCUUUAGAGAUUUUGUGAAGCAGGGUAGUUCUCGGGAGGGUUUGAAAAUUCGACAACCCGACGAGUUUGAUAUGAUUCUUCCAUUCACCAUUGAAGGAGUUGAUAUACACGCUGUUCAAGCUAUCGAUAAAAACGGAGAGCUGAUUCCGGCACACAUGAAACUACAGAUUUCAGAUUACACACAAAUUCAGAAUGUCAUGAAUGGCUGCCGGUAUCAAUCGCUGAAAACAAACGGCGUAUUUGACAAUUGUGGCGCUUAUCUUUAUCUUAACGCAAUGUGCUUCCAGACGCGGGUUAUAUCAUCCAUCAUGGAUACCACCAUAGCAGAGAUACAGAAAGAAAUCAACGCGAAGAACAGGUAUCAAGCUUGCUCUUUUAUUCUCAGUAAAACAGGCGUAUUUCCGCCCACGUUUAGAUUCAAAAUAAAAAUUGAAAAUGAUGCUGAUUUUGAAGGUCCACUGUGGAACGCCACGUAUAAAGUGAUUGAGUUCGAUAUUGUGCCGGGGCUGCUGCUGCAAACCGAUUCUGUCCCUAAUCCGGACAGCUGGUGGUUACCAAUGACAUGUGACAGAUACGCCGUCAUGAAGUGGAUCCACAAAGGACGUUGUGCAGAUGAUUAUCCUGAGCCGAAUCUGCUUUGGAGGGAGAGCUCGUGCGGGUAUGAAAAGCAUAUACUCGAUGUCAGUAGAAGGAACCAAAGUGACGUGUACAUCCUGACAGCUUGUAGGAUAUUAAAGGCCUACUUAGACGGCUUAGGUAACUCCUCGCAACUAUGUAGUCUUCUAUCGUCAUAUCACAUCAAGAACAUUGCGAUCCAUUGUAUUCUUCUUCAGCUGCACGCUUCUGGCGUCAAGGAGGCUUUAGGCUACCUCAUUGUGUUCCUGGAGAUAGGUCUUGAAAUGGAGUUCCUGCCACAUUAUUUCUACGGAAAUUCUUACAUUUCCAAAAUGUUUCCGAAAUUAUCAGCCAACGCCAACCAGAGACGUCUCAACCUGUUCAGAAUUAUCCCCAAUGACCACUUUGCACAGGCCAUACUUUCACUGAGGCGGAUGAAAGCCGAUUUACACGGCUUGUUCACCGAAUGUAGUCACCUUGGUAACUGUCAGAGUUUCGGUUCCUUCAGAAACCUCUGCACUCUGUAUGAUGAAGAAACAAGUGGUAGAUGCCUGCUGAUGUGAGUCUUUACUGGUGCAGACAUUGAUUAGUAGCCAUGAUCAUCAUAUAGGGAAAGACGGCUUUUGGACAAGGAAGUUUGCAUGACCAUGAACAAUUGAUGAAGUUGAUUCAUAUUGAACAAGGGGAUAAAACUAAAAAUUGCGAUAUUGUGUGCUACGCGUGACUUAUUGCUACAAAUGUACAUGUAUGCGAUUGUUUAUUGUAGUAUUAUUUCACUAGCAGGGGUUUAUUGUAUAAUUAUUAUAACAUAAUGCAGAUUAUACAUUGAUGUAUAACUUUACUAGAAGGUGUAACAUUGUCAUAUCGUUUUGCCAGUUGAUGGUACAUUGUAUCUUCUCCCACCUCUGCGUAUGAAAGACACACGUGCAUCAUGUGGAACAUCCCAAUGCAUGGGUGCACUCACUGACCUGUACUUUUAUGACGUCACAAUCAGAUAACGGGAUGUUGUUAUGACGUCACAGUUGAAAGUGCGUCAACAUAACGUUUGACUGACUGGCAAUUCUGCCGUCUGCAAGUGACAACACCCGCAAGACAUAAUAGUUUUUUUGUAAAGGCUUGCCCUGUAUGUCAUUGCACGGAUGUUUUAGUGGUAUACAUACGGUAUACCGUACUUUUUCUGCUCUUUCCAAAUACAGUUUGUGUAAACGUUAUUUUUUAACUUUGCCAUAUUUAGUGUUUUCUAUGUACAGUUUUGCCAAACUUUCGGUUAGAACGUGGAAGAAAAAGCGGCAAUUGUUAUGUAUGUAUGAGGGAUAUGGAUAGUCUACCUUUUGGAGCAGAAUUCGGUGUCAAAAUCUCAGCAAAACUUCGGUUCUGACCCAAUUUUUAUACCUUUAGGUAGGAUAUCAAUAUCCCACACACCUAUAUAUUAUAAACUAUAUAAAUCAUUUUAUAAUUAAAUGUUAUAUUAUAAACAAAACUCACUAGUAGGUAGUAUGUUAUGGUACAGGUAAACUGGUUGAUGAUAUAUAUUGUAUUAUAACAUUACUAGUAGGGGUAUUGUGAAUAUAGUGUUGCCAAUAGAUGGAGUAUUGUAUGAUUUUACAAAUAAAUAGUGUAUUGUAUCAUUUUACAAAUAGAUAGUGUAUGGUAGUAAACCCCACUGUCAUGCACCUAAAUAGAAUAGAAAUGCCCAACCCAAAAGAACAUGUUUUGUCGCGAAAACCUAGCCUUGCUGAGGGAUUUGAAACCAAGUUAUGUACACAAAAGUGUCAUAUGUCGCUCCUAACUGUACACAAUUUACAUAUGAUGUUCUUACAUCGCUUACCGAUUUAUUUGAUAGAGAUGUUUAGUUGCAAUCUUGUGACAAAAUUUCAAUUUCUUGGAAAGAUUAUCAAUAUGACCACACUAAAUGAAGAUUAAUUAUUUAAACUGGAAAAUGUAAUUCAGCAAAAUAGAUUGAAAUGACGUCAAACUUUGUCGUAACAUGACGUCAUCUCAUUGUUGUUUGCAAUAUAACGUCAUGCCUAUGAAGUGUAGUUUUUUUUAUUUCUGUUAUGAAAGAUGUAAAUUAUCAUAUUUAUCGUUGAAAGCAAUGUUUUGAUGAGAAAUGGACUGUCCAUUUGAAUUUGCCUUACAGUACUAUACUUUGUUGAAAAAUGUUAUUUGUCCGAGAUUGAUUUUACAUACAGCAAAAAGCACGAUCAAAAGUCGGCUAUUUUUCACGCUAGAUUAUUGUCGUCAUCAGAUCUCGCGGAGUGGCAGCGGUCGCUUCCUGUGCAUGUAGUUGCAAAUAUCGCUUAAUGGAAUCUGAAAAAUAAAAUGAUGAGGAUGGAAGCCAAAAUGGAUGGAAUUCAUUUUUUUUUUAUCUUGAAAUGAAAUACAAGAAAUACCAACGGUAACAUAUUGAUAGUUCAUUAGCAAAUAAUAAAAUAAAAUGUCAUAAGUUUGAACAGAGGCUAACACUGUGACAUUUUGUCAAAUUAUGAAAAAAAGAUAAUCAGAAUUAGACAAUAACGUAUGAUUCAAAUUUGUAUUGGAAAUAAAGGCUUAUCUAUCAAUAUAUCCAAGCACCUGGGAGUGUAACCUUUUUUGUUGAUUAGCAAUGCUUGCAUGUCCAUGCUAAUUGCCUCUCUAUCCGGUAAUGUUGACAUUUCUUAACUCUCUUGUUGUUUUGUGUGAUGAUUUAGUGUAGACUUUGUGUCCAAAUUCAUCCAAAUGUAUGAACACUGUUGGGUUAUUUUUGCUCUAUUUAAGAGUUAUAACUUUCUUAGCUGCAGUGUGACAACAGUCACAGUUUUAAUACAAAGAGUUUGUUGACAAAUGGCUCGGUGUGUUCUGUUCUCUUUCCAAUAACCAAAACAUAGUUCGGGAUGGAUGCUUCAGUUUCUACCAAGCCCGAUAAUCAAAGAGGAGUUAGGGAUGUAGGCUUCAGUUUCUAGCAUGCACCGAAAUGGCGUUUUGGAUCGAUACUUGGGUUCUAGUAUGCCCGAUAACCACAGUUGAGAUUGGGAUGGUGCUACAAAACUUUUAGCAUGAUGGAUCAUUUA